CAUGUGCUUUCCAUAUUUUCGUAUUUUGUGGUGUCCAUACAAAGUAAUUACAUGAAUGCAAGCAAUAGUACUGAAGCAAUUCUGAAGGCUUAAUGUACAAUACAAAAAAAGUGUCUGAAUUGGCUUUCUUGUAGCAAUCGUUCAGGCCCUGUUAGCAUCACCAGAUCUCUCCCACAAGCAACACACACCUCCUCCAUGUCUCAGAAUCAGAGAAGGCUGAAAAAUGGCACUCUCUCGACUAGAACGAAACCGGCUAUUCUAAGAACACGAAAAAGAAAGAACUCAGAAAAUGAAGAUGAAAAUAAAGAAGUGAAACAGGCCAGAUUGGAUUCGACGGAAAUGCCUCUACCCCUUGGAGAUGUAACAUCAAGCCUCAACAUAGAAAGAGAAAGAUCGAUUACUCCAGAUAACCCUGUACCAGAAACAUGGCACAAAUUCAGAGGCUUGACUUGCAUCCCCACACCAGAGUCCACAAGAAAACUACCAUUGCCAAAACUAAGUUGGGCAGACCGAGGGCAGGUGUGGACACUAAUGUGUCGGAAGGACCGCAUGUACGCACGCCAACCUGACUACCUCUCACAGCAUCCAUCUCUUCAAGCGCGCAUGAGAGCGAUUCUCUUAGAUUGGCUGACAGAAGUGUGUGAAGUAUAUAGGCUGCACAGAGAGACCUAUUAUCUAGCUACAGACUACAUAGACCGCUACCUCAGUGCUACACAUGAUGUGCCCAAACAGCAACUACAGCUUAUAGGUAUAACAUGUUUAUUCAUAGCUGCAAAAAUAGAAGAAAUUUACCCACCAAAGUUGUCAGAGUUUGCAUAUGUGACAGAUGGUGCCUGUAUAGAAAAUGAAAUCCUAGUAAAAGAGCUAGUCAUAUUACAGAAACUUAAUUGGGACUUGUGUCCUGUAACCUCAAACUGCUGGUUAAACACAUACCUGCAGUUGAGCCAAGAAUUUGCCCAGCGAGAGGCCAAUGGUGGAGAAUCUUCCAGUGAUGACCAUAGUUUUGUAUAUCCUCGUUACUCACCUCUAACAUUUGUUCAGGCAGCAAGAUUGUUGGAUCUGUGUACUCUUGAGAUUUCCAGCUUGUCCUUCAGCUCAAGCAUAGUUGCUGCUACUGCCAUGUGCUAUAUGACCUCCCCACAAUUGGCAAGUCAGGUAUCAGGUUAUUCUGCAGAGGAGAUGCAAGCAUGCUAUGACUGGAUGGCAGCUUUUGCAGUCACAGUGCAUGAAAUGGGGCCAAUGCAGUUGAAGUCCUUCAGCCAAGUGGCACAAGAUGACAUCCAUAACAUUCAGACACACUCUGUUGAUCUUGACACUUUGGAAAGAGCUCAGAUUAGAUUAAGUCAGAUUCAGUCGUCAUCCUCCCGGAGUAGCCCCCAGACCUCAGAAGUUUCUGUGGCUAUGCUCACUCCACCCAAAACCGAUGAAAAGACUAGAUAUGUAGAGUAUACUGGAUAGGAAGUUCAACAGUAUAGAUUUAAGUGUGUAAAUGGCUCAAUAACACUCAUUUGGUCCAUUCCAUAGUGGUGAUUAGAUAUUUCAAGCAUGAUCUUUAGGGCUCAGGAUCAUAUCCUGAUUAAACCCGUACAUUGUAAGCCAGUUUUACAGGGUGUCUUCUGUAGGAUUAUGCAUGCAGUGGUUAAAGCCAUGUAGCCAUCUCUUUUAAACAUAUCAAGCAUGUUAAUGGCCAUGCUUAUACAUAUCAGAGGCAUUUUAUGCUAGUUAUAGUGACCUAACAAACAAAAAAAAAUAUAUAAAAAAUAUUGUAUAUUUGCUUUGCUCACUAAUGCGCAUGCUAGACAUCAUAUUUUCUUACAUGUUGUGGAUGUUAUUGGAUAUUUGAGUUGUUUUAAUGGGAAAAUUACAUUAUUGGGUUAUUCAGUGUCUCAAAGUAUUGACAGUUUUUGAUAUGAGUUCUCUUAUGCAUAUGGAUGAAAAAUUGGUAAUUUAUUGUCAUGCAGGUUCCUCCUGUCAUCAUGGGCUUGUUAGUGAGUUCUCUUAAUUUAUAUUCUUGUACAUAAUUAGGUAUGUUAUCCUACAAUAAGGUUCAAAUGGAAUAGAUAGUGAUUAGCCAAAUAAAUACUUUGGAGUUACAGGAUGGGAGAGGAUCUUAGUGGUCAGCAUUGCAAGGAGUGGCAUUUUGCUGUCAUGAAGACAGGCUGUGUACAUAUCACUAUGACUGUGCCUGGUAAAACAAAUCUAGUCUUUUUCCGUAAGGGGAUUACAAUUUAUUUUGUUUUAGUGCCGAGUGCAAUGGUGUUUCAUAGGAAUAUAUGAAGUACAUUUUUUUCAUUGUUUUUCCUCUUCAA